CGGCAGCGGUUUGUAGAAAAUUUGUUUUGGAAAACACACGUGUGUUGUGUUCGUCUGUCAAGAGCUCAAUAAUUUAACGAAUUAAGAAUGAAACUUUUAACUCACAAUAUAUUGACUUCUAAAUGUCUGAAAGGCGUAACAGUUGGGUAUCCUCUAGGCAUUGUUGCAAAAGAAGUUAAAGUGAAUGAAGUUGAUUUCAACCCAGAAUUCAUUUCACGGAUGAUUCAAAAAGUGGACUGGCCAGCUCUCUGUAAAGCUGCAGAAAAUCUUGGACACACUGAUGAACUUCCCCCAACUGUUGUAGAUGACUAUGAAAAUAAUGAAGAAUUCUUGAAAAAAGCUCACCACUUUUUAAUGGAGAUUGAAGUCAUGAAUGGAGAUCUGAUAUGUCCUGAGACAGGGAGAAAAUUCCCUGUUACUGAUGGAAUUCCAAACAUGUUAGCUAAUGAAGAUGAAGUGUAACUGAAGUAGAAAAUACAAGUCAAUUCAACAUGUG